UGGGCCAGAGUCCUUACCCAGAAUUUUUUGAACUGAAACUAAGAAGGAAAAUUCCUCUACAGUGUGGAAGCCAUAAAAUGUAAAACAUAGGAGCUGCCAGUAGCCAUGUGUACUGCUAUAUGGAACCAGCUGGUCUGCAGUGAAAAAGAAGCGGACAUGCAGAAAGCAGCAGAGAAUCAUGUGUGCUCAGUACUGCAUCUCCUUUGCUGAUGUUGAAAAAGCUCAUAUCAACAUUCGUGAUAUUAUCCACCUCACACCAGUGCUAACAAGCUCCAUUAUGAAUCAAGCAACAGGGCGCAAUCUUUUCUUCAAAUGUGAGCUCUUCCAGAAAACUGGAUCUUUUAAGAUUCGUGGUGCUCUUAAUGCCAUCAAAGGCUUGGUUCCUGCCACUUCAGAAAGGAAGCCCAAAGCUGUUGUUACUCACAGCAGUGGAAACCAUGGCCAGGCUCUGUCUUACGCUGCUAAAUUGGAAGGGAUUCCUGCUUAUAUUGUGGUGCCCCAAACAGCUCCAAACUGUAAAAAACUGGCAAUACAGGCCUAUGGAGCAUCUAUAGUAUACAGUGAACAGAGUGAUGAGUCCAGAGAAAAUGUUACCAAAAAAAUUACGGAAGAAACAGAAGGCAUCAUGGUACAUCCCAACCAGGAGCCUGCAGUGAUAGCUGGGCAAGGGACAAUUGCCCUAGAAGUGCUGAACCAGGUUCCCUUGGUGGAUGCACUGGUGGUACCUGUAGGGGGAGGAGGAAUGGUUGCUGGAGUCGCAAUUACAGUUAAGGCUCUGAGACCUAGUGUGAAGGUAUAUGCUGCUGAACCCGUGAAUGCAGAUGACUGCUACCAGUCUAAAUUGAAAGGAGAACUGACCCCCAAUCCUUAUCCUCCAGAAACCAUAGCAGAUGGUGUCAAAUCCAGCAUUGGUUUAAACACCUGGCCUAUUAUAAGGGACCUUGUGGAUGAUGUCUUCACUGUCACAGAGGAUGAAAUUAAGUAUGCAACCCAGCUGGUGUGGGAGAGAAUGAAACUACUCAUUGAACCUACAGCUGGUGUUGGAGUGGCUGCUGUGCUGUCUCAACAUUUCCAAACAGUUUCCCCAGAAGUAAAGAAUAUCUGUAUUGUGCUCAGUGGUGGAAAUGUAGAUUUAACCUCCUUAACUUGGGUGAAUCAGGCUGAAAGGCCAGCUCCUUAUCAAUUUGUUUCUGUUUAAUUUAUGCAAAAGAAGAUGGGAUUCAGUGUCUAGAUACCUGAACAUUUUGUUUCUUGGUUAACUGUCAACAUUCCAUCUUCCCCUCUUAAAAUUACCAAAUUCUUCUUGGAGAGUGGAUAUUUCAAUAAGAUUUAAUAGAGUUUUGGACGAAGGUUAGCAUAAAAACUUUCAUACUUAACAGAGACACCUUGUGCAAGGCCAAGAAGUCUUGCAAAAUAGGGCAGCAGACUGACGUGCUAAGUAGAAAACAAACUGCCCAAUCACAACCUGUAAGUACCCAUGGCUAGAGUGCUAACUGGCAGCAGUAAAACAAUCUCUCUGAA